UAUAUAUAUAUGUAUCAUAAACAUAUAUGAUUUUGUUGAUAGAAAUUCAAGCAUGCGUAACAAGGCCUUAUGCCAUUUCUAACUAAUUCAUUUGUCGAAUAAAUCUCUUGUGAAUAUGACGGUCUUCGUAACUGUAGUCGGAAAAGUGCCUCUUGCUGCUGCUAAUGUUGCAAAUAGGAACUUGCAAGCCCAACUUGCUGCUACUAAUGCUGCAAAUAGGAACUUGCAAGCCCAACUUGAUGCAAUGAACAAGAAGUUGGAUGAUUUGACCCAGGAAGUAAAAGACCUGCAAUCUCGUUUGAAAAUUUCUGGUCCAGCCUCAAAGCAAUUGGAUUCAUUGAAAGAAUUGGAGGAAUACUUGCAAGUUCAAGAAACCACACUCAUUGGAUUUUUCGGAGGCGACAGCUCAUUGAAACUAACAUUCCAGGCAUAUGCCGACAAAUAUCGUGAGAAGAAACGCUUCGGUCACACAUCAGCCGCCGAUUUAUUGAAGAAAUACGGUGUUACCGAUGGCAUCAUUUUGUUCCGUGCUCCACAAUACGCCAACAAAUUCGAAGAGAACCAAGUCGAAUUCGAUGGUUCAGGUAUCGAAGAAUUGACCACAUUCGUUAAGGGCAACUUCCAUGGUCUGGUUGGACAUCGUACACGUGACAAUGCUGCCGAAUUCAAUCGACCAGUUGUCGUUGCUUACGUCAAGAAUCCAGAGAAAACCAACCACUGGCGCAGCCAAAUGUUGGAGGUUGUCCCACCAUAUGCUGGAAUGUUCUCGUUUGCCAUCAGCAGCAAAGACGAAUUCCAACACGAACACAACGAAUACGGUUACGAUUAUACCGGUGACAAACCAGUCGUUUUGGCACGCGAUGAACGCAACCAGAAAUUCAUCAUGAAAGACGAAUUCUCAAUUGAAAACUUAAAGGCAUUCUUGGAUGAUUUGAAAGGUGGCAAACUUGAACCAUACCUUAAAUCAGAACCAGUCCCAGAGGACAACAAUGGACCAGUUAAGGUUGCUGUUGCCAAGAACUUUGAAGAUCUCAUCACCAACAACGGCAAAGACACACUCAUCGAAUUCUAUAGUCCAUGGUGCCGAGACUGCAAGAAAUUUUUUCCAGUAUACGAUGAGCUUGCUGAAAAGUUGGCCGAUGAAGAUGUUUUUAUCGCUAAAUUCGAUGCCACCGCCAAUGAUGUGCCACCAGAGUUCGAGGUUCGCGAUUUCCCAACUCUCUUCUGGUUGCCAAAAGACUCGAAAUCGAAACCAGUGAAAUAUGAAGGUAUCCACGAAGUGAACGAGCUCCUCAAAUACAUUGCCAAACACGCCACCAUCGAACUGAAAGGCUUCAACCGCGACGGCGAACCCAAGAUCGUCGAUUAGUAAAUUUUAUUAUGAAAAACAACUCAACAAAUGAAA